AUGGCGGCGGCGACCGGGGGAGGUGGGGAGCGGAGCAGCACCCGGGACCGGCUCCUGGCGGCGCUGGAGGAUCUCGAGCUCUUGGCCAGGGAACUAAUUGAAAUUUUGGCAAUUUCAAGAAACCAGAAGCUUCCACAACCGGGAGAGGAGAGCCAGAUCCUGGAACUGCUGAUUCAGAGAGAUGGAGAGUUCCAAGAGCUAAUGAAGUUGGCAGUUGAUCAGGGGAAAAUCCAUCAUGAAAUGCAGCUUUUAGAAAAGGUAGUAGAAAAGCGGGAUAAUGAUAUUCAGCAGCUGCAGAAACAACUAAAAGAAGCAGAGCACAUACUGGCAACAGCUGUUUAUCAAGCAAAGGAAAAGCUGAAAUCAAUUGAAAAGGCAAGAAAAGGUGCCAUCUCUUCUGAAGAAAUAAUUAAAUAUGCCCAUAGGAUCAGUGCUAGCAAUGCUGUUUGUGCCCCUCUGACAUGGGUACCAGGGGACCCACGUAGGCCAUAUCCUACAGAUCUGGAAAUGAGGAGUGGUCUUUUGGGUCAAAUGAACAACCCAUCCACCAAUGGAGUUAAUGGACACUUACCAGGGGAUGCACUUGCAGCAGGCAGACUGCCAGAUGUGCUUGCUCCUCAGUAUCCUUGGCAGUCAAGUGAUAUGUCCAUGAACAUGCUACCUCCCAAUCAUAGUAAUGACUUCAUGUUGGAGCCUCCAGGACACAAUAAAGAGAAUGAAGAUGAUGUAGAAGUUAUGUCAACAGACUCCUCAAGCAGCAGCAGUGACUCAGACUAGGUACAAGAGGGACGGUAUCCCUAGUAGACCUUUCCUGUGGUGAAGGUAGGUUGGAUGCUGUUUGUCACAAACUACAAUACCCUUUUGUUACACUGGUGGCCCUGUGUAGGGAUAACAGCUGGCUCAGAAAUAGGGUGACUAAUUUAAAACGAUGGACUUUUUUUUUCAUUAGAUGUUCAAGUAAAAUGACUGGGAGCUUUCUGCUGGAGGAGAGAUGUCAAAUUUCCAGUGAUGAUGUAAAUGUGUGAAUGUGUAUGUUUGCACGAGAUGUGUGUGUGUUUGUGUGUGUAUAUAUAUAUUUACUAUACAUUAGAUGAUAAAAGUUCCUGGGAAAAAAGGUGUAAGGGGAAUCCCCUUGUAUUUUUGUUGGUAACUUUACUCUUUUGAUGAUAGCCUUUUCUAUGGCACAGAAAUGAGACACGAAAUUUGUAAUUUUAAUAUCUUUUUUUGUUACUGCCUAAAUCUGUACUCUUGAUCAUCUGUGUGCCGAGAACAAAACUACGGCAAUAAGGUGUGGAAAAAAAAAAGUUUGUAAUUAUUGUAAUAUAUAAUGAAUGAUUUGUCAUAAAUAAACUCAGCUUUGAUGUA